GCAAGAAGCCUCAUCCCUAUAUGAAAAGCAAACCUGGGCCUUCGGAUUGAGAGACGUGUCGAUCUGUUGACCAGUCUUUUACCUGCAAGCCAUCCUACUGGCAAUCUGGUCGGGAUUGGCAGUAUGGGUGGCCAUAUGAUCAUGGAAGCCGAUGUUCCAUGGUUCACUGAGAUCCUACUAUUCCGUACUCAUGGCAUGCACAAAGGCUCCUUCCAGCUCGUCAUCGAUGGUACGUCGCGAGAAUCUCUUGAGGUCUGGAACAUUAUCAAGCACGCUGCAGCCAUGCAAGGAGCCAUGCUAGAACAAUGCCGUGUUCGCAACACCUAUCCAACGUCUAGGCUAUAUGAUAGCAUAGCUGGUCGCAUCUAUGGCCCCAGGGCUUUACCGUGGCAUCUUCCAGACGGCUUCUCCGACACCAUCCGCCGCACAAUCAAGGGCACGACCAACAUACCAUUCACCGGAGAUGUGGGCGGACUAUGGAAUGAAGAAGUUUUCUACUUCCAACGAAGAGACUGGACCCUAGAUCAGUGGCGUCAUGAGUGGUAUAAUGAGAUUAUCAUCAAAAGCAUCGAUACGGAUUUCUGGAAGCGAUCUAACGCUUGGUAUCAGGUAAAUCCUCGAGGCUUCGGUCAUGUUUACCGCACAGUCUACAAGGGCGAGAUCAUUCGCAGCAGUGACCGACCGUUGUAAGGGUACUCGCAGACCUGCUUGUGGAUUGCGAGAGCAGUUCGAUGUAAGUCGCACGGGCAACUGCGAGGACGACUACACACUUCGGACAGGAAGUCAAUUAAU